GUAAAUGGCCCUAGAUUUCACACAAUAUUUCCAAAUUAGCCUUAUUCGGUAUCCUAUAUUGACGCCGAAGUCGCCUGGAAAUUGCAAGCUCACAUUCAACGCCGGAGGUUCCAAACCCCAAAACCCUAAAAUUCCGUUCACAUGGAGAUCGAUCAAUCGGAGCCGCAGCCCAAAAGCGAAGAUCUCUUCAAAGCCGCCGAGACCGGCGAUUCUUCGGCGUUCGAAUCCCUCACUCCAAAGCAGCUCGCUUCAGCUUCCUCCUUCAGAAACGAGGACGGCCGCUCCCUCCUCCACGUCGCCGUCUCUUCCGGUCAAUCUCAGGUGGUGAAGAUACUAGUAGCUAGUCAUGAAUGGAGUGGUGUGAUUAACAGUAAGGAUGAAGAUGGCUGGGCGCCGCUUCAUUCGGCGGCGAGCAGUGGGAAUACAGGACUGGUGGAGAUGCUGCUAAGCAAAGGAGCUGAUGUUAAUCUGAAGAAUGACGGUGGUCGCGUUGCGCUUCACUAUGCUGCAAGUAAGGGGUGGAUGGAGAUUGCUGAAAAUUUGAUCUCGCACGGGGCAAAGCUUAAUGUACAGGACAAGGUUGGAGCCACCCCAUUGCACCGAGCAGCUGGUACCGGGAAGGCACAGUUGUGUGAAUAUUUAAUUGAGGAAGGAGCUGACAUUGAUGUUGUUGAUAAGACCGGCCAGACUCCUCUUAUGAGUGCAGUCAUUUGCGAGAACAAGGAGGUUUCUCUUCUUCUAAUAAGGCACGGAGCAGAUGUGGAUGUGGAAGACAAAGAAGGAUACACAGUGCUUGGUCGAGCUUCAAAUGAGUUAAGACCUUUGUUGAUCGAUGCUGCCAAGGCGAUGCUUGAAGGGUGAGUUUCUAGGACUAAUCGGUGUAAGAAUGCAAAAGUCAGAAGGAACGAUGUCUUCUCUGUGUUUGCAUAGAGAUGUUAGUCAAAUUUUCUUUGUUGAUGACCAAUUGAAGUUUUGUAUGUAUGGAUAAGUAUGAAUGGAUUAAACUGU